GCUUGUCAAGGCGCCCGCUCGCAGUCAUACAUAACACGAGGCAAGUGCUGAGGCGGCGGAGCCGAUAGUAGGGAGGAGGCUCUGAUGGCAGCUGCGGCAGGCACAGGGAAUCCCCGCGGCUGGCUUGGUGUCUCCGGGGCUGGAGAGAGCUGUAUGCUGCACAAUACUGUGCAUAGCCUGCGAGCCUGCACCUCUCACUAUACACUCUAAUAAACUUCUCCGCUCUCUGGAUUACACUGCUGCCGAAUGACGACGACUCUCAUCAGGGAUACGUUAUUCAGCAUGAUCUGACCAACCCUAUGUAUAUAUCUGCUUAGACAGCCGCCCAGUGAGUGUGACAUGGCUCUCAGCGGGACCUUGCUGCCUUCCAUCUCCACCUUCACAGCGGGGACCCCAGGCAAGGACAAGGUUUUGAGACAGAGGUGGAGAGAAGAGCUGUCCCUCAUGAAAAGGUAUCCUGCUCUUAACCAGUCACGCCCCUACGAUGGCUUAGAAGGGGAGACGGCACCGUUUGGUUCUCGUAGGGAACAAGAAGAAUUCAAUGAGCUGUUGGACUUUGAUUUUAUACUCUCGAAUUCCCUUAUUCAUCAGGAGUCUCUGGCUACUUCCUCCUCCUCUUCUUCUGCUACUGCUUCUUCGCCACCACCACCUCUCCAAGACAGCAUGUCUGCCAAUUGUAACUUUACCUACCAAAUACGCUGCCCCCAGGAUACAGCUGGAGGCGGUUCACUCAUGUACACCCCUAGGGACACAACUGUGCCAACUCUCACUUUUAACCUGGCGGAUAUAAAUGAUGUUUCUCCUUCUGGUGGAUUUGUGGCUGAGCUUAUGAGACCAGAUUUGGAUCCUGUUUAUAUACAACAGCCACAAACGAGUCUUCAAGGUAAAUUUGUGUUAAAAGCUGUGGACAUGGGUGAUUAUGGGCAGUCUCUCAGUGUUAGAAAAAGUGGAUCUGGUAUGGACGGUCCUAUGAUUUACGCCAGCCAUCAGCUGCCCCACAUGUGUCAAAAGAUCAAGCAGGAGCCAACUGCAUCUUGCUCUGUGUCAUGCCAAAUGGAUGGACAAGUACAGCAGUCACAAGGGCAGCAUGACUUCCAAGUAGGGAGGGUACUGCCAAGUAGGACUAACCAACCUUUGACCCCAGAGGAGCUAAUGGUUAGAGAUUGCCAUGCCUCCCCACAGACAUUAAGCCAUCCAUCACUGUCAAUACCUCCAGGCUACCGCACUUCUGCCAGCUUCCCUCACUUCACACCAGACCAGCAGCAGCCACAGCUGCCUCCAACUCAGCUUCAGUAUCAAGGUCAGUCUUAUCUAAAUAUUUAUGAAGAUCCUUCUCUAAACUUUCAACUAUUGAAACAAGAAGUGAUGCUGACUCCACCCUCUUCACCUUUAGAGCUUCUAACAUCAGGAUGUAUGUCAGAAGAAGUUAAGCCUAAGAGGGGUCGCAAAUCUUGGCCCAGGAAAAGGACAGCUACUCACACUUGUGAGUAUGCAGGCUGUGGAAAGACCUAUACCAAGAGCUCACAUUUAAAGGCCCACCUGCGAACGCACACAGGUGAAAAGCCAUACCAUUGUGACUGGGAAGGGUGCGGGUGGAAAUUUGCUCGCUCUGAUGAACUGACGCGCCAUUACAGAAAACAUACUGGCCAUCGACCAUUCCAGUGCCAAAGGUGUGAUCGUGCCUUUUCCAGGUCAGACCACCUUGCCUUGCAUAUGAAAAGGCACUUCUGAGUGGUAAAAGUGAUUACAGGCCUAAAGGAGUCAGUAUUUACGGCACACAUUACAAGGGGAUGGGAGAGAAACUGAACGCAAGCACUACAAAUUUUGUGAUAAAUCAAAACUCUGAAACCUCAGUCGAACUAUUCUCCAUAGCAUAAUGGAAAGCAUAUUAAUUUAACAGAGCCUCUGAAACAUGGGGUUUUGACUGGAUCUUCAGGCAUUCCAUUUUUGGAUAAAACUGGACUUAAUCCUGGAACUUUUAAGGACUGGAAAACUAGUGAUUGCACUAUUUAGAAGUGUUCAGUCUUGUCCCACUUGCUGCUGCUGUUAAUCAUAAUGCUCUUCUGAUGGGUUAAGGGCUUUAUGGUAUGUUAUAGGGAGCAAAUGGCCAGAAAAGGACCAUGAAUAAUGUGUUUUCCUCCUUGUUAUGGAAUUAUGUAACAUUUGAGGAAAUGUUAUUUCAUUGGAUGCUUAACUUAGUGUGAAUGUUCACACAGGUAGUAUAUAAUGCUGGUUGAAGGAAUAAAUACAAUUAGCUAAUGGUGCUUACAGGCUGAUACUUCUAAUGGUACCAAAAUUGAAGCCAAAGUUCUCAAACUGCUGCAUAUUUGACAAGGAAAUCUAUUUGUCUUCCGAUUUUUUAUUAAGUCUGACCAAAGUCAGGUGUGUAAACCUGAUUUAUUUUGUUAAUAUAUUUGUAUAUGCAGACAGUACGUGAUGCACUGUGGUUUCUAUGUGCAAUAAAAUUGUACAAUGUUUUUUUUCCCCACAUAUGCCUUAUCCAGAACAAAGGUUUGUUUUCUAUAUAGGACUUUACAUAAUAAAAUAUGUAAUAUAAACGUAUGCCAACUUCUAUUUUGUAUAUUUGUAAACCAUGAAGUAAAAUGAACUUUUUUGGAAUUUGUAUUUUUGCUUAUUCAAAAAGUUUUAAAUAAAGUUAUUUUAUUUGGAGGAUAA